AUGGGUGUUUGUCAAACGAAAGUCAGAAAUUCCAAGAGAUAAAACACACAGACUUCUUAAACUCAAAUCAGAAUCAGGACUGAAGUUUCUGAGAUUUCUGAAAGCUUUCCCAAAAGAAGAAUGAAUCUUUAAAUAGAUCCAACAAAAAUUAGUGAGAACAACAAGACUUCUCCUCUUUCUGAAGGAAUAUUAUUCACCCGAAGAGCGAAAAGAAGGAUCACUUUGAAGAAACAAGGUUCAAAUAACUAUACUGCUACAACAAGCAGUUCGAAUCAUAUACUUUUACCUGCAUGUGCAUUCAAAAAAUAUUCACUGAUUAGAAAAAAACAAGGGAAUCAUGUAAGUAUUUCGUGUCUAUUGUAGUCUAUAUCCAUAAUCUCAAACAAUAAGACCGGCAAAAUCAUGCAAUUAGAGACCUUUCCAAAAGAUGAUCCAGAGUGUACGAAUUACAUAGAAUGGCUGAUGAGAAACAAGAUAGAUCACCCUAACAUUAUCAGAGUAUCAGAAAUCUUUUAAGAUAAUAAAUAUUAUUAGGUAGUUUCUGAACACUUUGAGGAUAAUGAUUUAUCAGAUUUAAUAGUUGAUGGUUCAAAAUUAUCUAAGCCCUAAGUAUCCUAAGUGGUAAAUCAAAUGUUGCAGGCUAUUCAUUAUUUGCAUGAACAAUAAAUUUAUCAUGGAGCUAUUACAAUUAAUUCAUUUUCUUAUUAAAAGAAAUUAGAUGGAAUUAUUGUUAAAUUAUCAAAUUUGAAGGGGGCUGUGAUUAAAGUUGAAGAUGAUAUUGAAGUACUUAAAUACACUUCUCCAGAGUGCAUCUAUCAACCUUAAUAGAAUGAAGCACGAGAUGUCUGGGCGAUUGCAUUAAUCGGAUUGACCUUAAAAAAAGGGGGUCUCCCUUAUUAAUUACCUCAGCAAUUGACGUAGGAAAAAAUAAGGAUGUUAGUUAAGAAUAACACGUUUAAAUUUGAACAUAAAAAGGAUCAAGCAUUUAAAGAAUUUCUUUCUAGUUCUUUGAAUAAGAAUCCAUUAAAAAGAAUUAAAGUAGAAUAAUUACUAAAUUUACCAUUCCUUACUAGAUAUUAAUUAAAACAGAAAAGCGAAUAAGAGAUCUUGCUUAAUAAUCUUUUAGAAGCAAAACCAAGUUGUCUUUUAUAAUAAUUGAUUCUUGGAUUUUUUGUUUAAGAAUUUAAUUGGGAAGAGUACUUAUAGAUUCAAAAGCUCUUUUUAGAAGGAGACGUAGAUAUGGAUGGAUUGAUGACUAAGACAGGAUUAGUUAAACUAUUUAAUAAAUAUUUGACUAUCGACAAGAUUGAAGAGAAAAUCGAUAAUUUAUAUAAAGAGCUUGAAAUAGAUGAUAAAAUAAAUUCCAAUUUAUUUUUAGCUCUUACAGCAACGAGGAAAGAUGUAUUGUCAAUAUCAAACAUUGAGAUUUGUUUUGAGAUAUUUUCACUCAAUUCUUCAGAAAUAAAUUUAAAAGGAUUGAAAAAGUAUCUAAAUUCAGAUAUUGAUGAGAUUAAAGUUGAGCUAACUCGUUUAACAGAAAAUCAAAAUUCAUUAAACUACUAGCAAUUCUCUAAAAUCUUAGAAUUGAUGAUUUGA